CCUAACCUCAAACUAGCAUUGAUCUAAACAGGACGUGGUUUUCAACAUUUUUAUAUUAUUGUUUCUAUCAAAAGUGAUUUAUUUAGAUGUACUGAAUUGAGAUAAUACUUGAACAAGUAAUGUAAAAUAUAAUCAUAAGAAUAUUAUAACUUCAAUAUCUUUAUUUGUGUGUGGAAUUAUCAGAAUUCUCUAUUAGUUGUGAGAACAAGGAAAUUUUGGUUUUAUCAGUAGUUAUAUUUAGGUUUUUUGUUAUUUCGUCUUUAUAAGUUUAUGCAUUUUUAGUUAGAUUCAACUUACAAACAACUUGAUUUAAUAGUUUUAAGAUGAUAUAAAUUGGCAACAAUGAACGUAAUUGACUAUUUCAACCGAGAAUACAAUGGACGUCCUUCAACUUUGGGUGUCGAUUUAGCAUUAAAAAGACUGACAGUUGAACCCUUGAAUACGUUAAAAGACUUUGAUGUUUGGGAUUCUGCCACUUGCAAAUUUUGUAAAACACCGGGCAAUGAAGAUUAUUUUGCAGUUGUAAAUGAGGCAGGAAAUGCUGCCAUUGUAGACACCAAGGAUAAUUCCGAUUUGAUUCCUGAAAUUGAAUUGAAGGCGCACGACAAUGCCAUAUUCGAUCUGGAUUGGAGCGACUGCGACAACAGACUGCUUAUGGGGUCGGGCGACCGCACCGCGUCGCUGUGGGACCUUCACGAAGGGGAACUCACCAAAAUCAACGACUUUGCCGCUCACACUCGCAGCUUGAGGACGGUUGCGUUCACGCCUCAACAGAAAGAUGUGUUUGCGACGGGAGGCCGGGAUGGUUUGAUUGUGAUCUGGGAUGCUAGAAGUGCAUCUCCGAAUGUAUUAGACGUUCAUACAAAACCUGAAAAUAUCAUCCAAAAUGUUAAAUUAUUGAAAAAGAAAGAUGCGGCGGCCUUCUCCAUAUGCUCUGUACUCUUCCAAGACAGUGUGCAUCUCUUUUCCUGCGGCAUUUCAGAAACGUAA